AUGCCUUGCCUUUACAUCUCCACCAACAUUAACUUAGAUGGAAUCAACAUAGAUCCAAUCUUUUCUCAAGCCACCUCUGCAGUUUCCAAAAUCAUAGGCAAACCAGAGAAGUUUGUGAUGGUGAUAUUGAAGGGAUCAGUGGCAAUAUCUUUUGAGGGGAACAGAGAACCAGCUGCAUAUGGAGAGAUAGUUUCAAUGGGAGGCAUAAAUUCAGAAGUGAAGAAGAAGCUGAUAAACACCAUUGGCACCAUAUUGCAGACCAGCCUAUCAAUUCCAAGAACACGGUUUUUUCUCAAAGUCUUUGACACAACAGUUUUUCCCACUAAAUCCAACAUGUAA